CACCACCAACGACUUCCCUAAUCCUUACCACCACUUCCCCACCUCUCAUCCAUGUAUAAAACCACACCACUGUCAGCUGCGAGUCCACCACACACAGCUCAAUUCCCUCACUCCCCAAACCACUAUCUAGCUACUACUCUCUCGUGCCAAUACCCAAGAACAAGCAAGAAACAGCUUCUUGCGUCCAAGUCUUGGAUCGGCGUACAUGGCGGUAGAGGCGGUACUCGAACUUGACACGGCGGCGAGCGAGGAGGAAACGCAAGCGCGGGUGCGGUGCGCCCAGGGGUGGGGCAAGCGUAAGCGCUCCAGGCGGCAGCAGCAGCAGCGCGCGCCCAGCGAGGAGGAGCACCUCGCGCUCAGCCUCCUCAUGCUGGCGCGCGGUCACCGCGACCAGCGCGCUUCGUCGCCGGCGCAGGAGCACGCGUGCUCCGUGUGCGGCAAGGCGUUCGCGUCCUACCAGGCGCUCGGCGGGCACAAGGCCAGCCACCGCCCGAAGCCGCCGCCGGCAGCUGCUGUCGACGAGCCAGCAGCUUCCCCCGUCGCGUCCUCGUCCACGUCGAGCGGCGCAGGCGGCAAGGUGCACGAGUGCUCCGUGUGCAAGAAGACGUUCCCCACGGGUCAGGCGCUGGGCGGGCACAAGCGGUGCCACUACGAGGGCCCCAUCGGCGGUGCCACCGCUGCGGCCAGCCGUGGGUUCGACCUGAACCUGCCGGCGCUGCCGGACAUCGUCACCGACCGGUGCAUGCAGGCGGCGGCCGACGAGGAGGAGGUGCUCAGCCCGCUGGCUUUCAAGAAGCCGAGGCUAAUGAUCCCGGCAUGACUGAAUCAUCAGUUGAUGAGUGAAUUGCAAGCUACUCUCGUCCUGUCGGUGUGUUGCUGCUUCGUUGGCUGGUGAUACCUUGCCAGCGGAGUGUAGAGAUCGAGCCGGCGCACGAUCGGUGCCGUUUCCUGUAGAAACGUUUACUUCCAUUGAUUCAUUCGUUUGGUGUAUCAUAAUUGAACGACUUGAUACGGUAUAUAUAAGGAUUGAGUGCAGUUGAAUGUGUGCUAGUACUAGAAUACUCGUGUGUAGUUGGGUAACGACCAACUGACCAAGUGUGUAGUUGCUUACCGUGUCGGCCACUCGUGCGUGCACCGCCGGUAAUGAGUAGCUUUGUCAAACUACAGUCCCAGCUAUAACGAAAACUCAACUGUAGCUACCAAAUUCCGAGACCAAUACACCUCGAUCGAUCGGUCGAGUAUAUCUGUAUGUAAAUGGAAGUACUAGUG